AUGGCAUCCCCCAGAACCGUAACUGUCGUGGCCCUCUCAGUGGCCCUGGGACUCUUCUUUGUUUUUAUGGGGACUAUCAAGUUGACCCCCAGGCUCAGCAAGGAUGCCUACAAUGAGAUGAAACGUGCUUACAAGACCUAUGUCCGAGCACUUCCUCUGCUGAAGAAAAUGGGGAUCAAUUCCAUUCUCCUCCGUAAAAGCAUUGGUGCGCUUGAGGUGGCCUGUGGCAUUGUCAUGACCCUUGUGCCUGGACGUCCCAAAGAUGUGGCCAACUUCUUCCUGCUUUUGCUGGUGUUGGUUGUGCUCUUCUUCCAUCAGCUAGUCGGUGAUCCUCUCAAACGCUAUGCCCAUGCCCUGGUGUUUGGAAUCCUACUCACCUGCCGUCUGCUGAUUGCCCGAAAGCCUGAAGACCGGUCUUCUGAGAAGAAGUUCUCACCCCAAGGAAACGUAGGAAAUGCGGGGAAAGCAGAGGAGCAGCCCUCCUUAUAUGAGAAGGCCCCUCAGGCCAAAGUGAAGUUGUCUUAG